AUGUACGAAUGUAUCUUUCCAUUCCCAUCACCACCAACUGUUCUCAACCCGCCAUCGAACUCAACCACCGUCACAUGUUCAUCAAUUUUCUUUCCCUUAAACCCUAAAUCGUCCCAUUCUCAAUCAAUUUUGCCGUAUCAAGGUUCAGCAGAAGGUACAGAUAGUUUAGGAAGAAAUAGAAAGAAGGUGAGAAAGGAAGAGAGAGAGUGUUACAGUGGAGGAAGUUGUGGUGAGAGAGAAAUGCCAAGUGUGGCUGUGAAGCUCUAUAGCGUGUUCUUCAAGUUCCUCUUGAAGCACCGAUUGCAGAACCGGAUCCAAGCAUCUUCCCAACACUCCGACCCGUAUGGUGUUACCACCCGGCCUGAAGAAUCUGUUGCCGCUGCUAACCCCUCCUUUUCCGACGGCGUCGCCACCAAAGACAUUCACAUCGAUCCCUUAACCUCUCUCUCCAUCCGAAUCUUCCUGCCCGAGUUGGCCCUCACCGCUCCCGAGCCGCAUUCCAAGCCUAAGCCCCGUUCCAGUCAUCAACCUCAGCCUCGAUCCGCGCGCCUCGAUUUGAUUGAGCGGAGGAACAGCUACGGGCCGCCGCUCAUCGAUGAGCGACGGAAUAGCAGUUUCGGAAGGGGCUCCGGUAUGGAGGGUUUGAACCUGAUGUCGGACGGUCCGUACCAGGGCUACUCGCCACUGGCGGGAGAGAAGGGGGAGCGGCGGAGGCUGGCGGUGGUCUUGCAGUUCCACGGUGGGGGGUGGGUUAGCGGUGGGAGCGAUUCGGUCGCGAACGAUGUUUUCUGCCGGCGGAUCGUGAAGUUAUGUGAUGUGAUAGUGGUGGCGGUGGGGUACCGGCUGGCGCCGGAGAACCGGUACCCUGCCGCGUUCGAGGACGGCGUGAAGGUGCUGAAUUGGCUGGCAAAGCAGGCAAAUUUGGCGGAGUGUAGCAGGUCGAUGGGGGGUGGGAGGAGUGGGGGGCAUGGUGGUGGUGGUAGUGGUGGUGGGGAGUUCAAGAAAUCGGAUGCUCAUAAGCAUAUUGUUGAUUCCUUUGGGGCUUCCGUGGUUGAGCCAUGGCUGUCUGCUCACGCUGAUCUUUCAAGAUGUGUUCUUCUUGGAGCAAGUUGUGGUGCCAAUAUUGCAGACUACGUGGCUCGUAAAGCUGUGGAAGGAGGCAAACUUCUGGACCCUGUCAAGGUGGUAGCACAGGUUCUAAUGUAUCCAUUUUUCAUUGGAAGUGUUCCCACACGGUCUGAAAUAAAGUUGGCAAACUCUUACUUUUAUGACAAGGCCAUGUGUACGGUUGCAUGGAAACUUCUCCUACCUGAGGGAGAAUUUAGUUUGGACCAUCCAGCCGCUAAUCCCCUUGUCCCGGGCCGGGGUCCUCCUUUAAAGUUGAUGCCUCCAACAUUGACAGUUGUGGCCGAACAUGACUGGAUGAGGGAUCGUGCCAUUGCUUACUCAGAGGAGCUCCGGAAGGUGAAUGUGGAUGCACCUGUUCUUGAGUAUAAGGAUGCUGUACAUGAAUUUGCUACACUUGAUGUCCUUCUCAAAAGCCCUCAGGCCCAGGUUUGUGCUGAGGACAUAGCCAUAUGGGUCAAGAAAUAUAUUUCACUUCGGGGUCAUGAAUUCUCAUAUUGA